GUUUCGAGUAAGGAAUUCUAUUCUCAAGAAAAAAAGUUCAACAAUGAAACAUACUACAUCAACAAAGCUCUCUUCAUUGAUAUUUGGAUCUCUUGUACAACUUCAAGAUGGUCUGAAUGCGAUGAUUGAUCACUCAUGGAGGAAUGUUAGAACUCCUGACGACUGGAGUUUGGCUAUCACUAUGGAGACCGCGGAAUUGAUCGAUUCAUACCCAUGGAAAUGGUGGAAGAACAUUUCCUCAGAGCCGGACUUUAAUAAUAUCCGUAUUGAGUUGGUGGAUAUCUUUCACUUUUCACUUUCUGGGGCAAUGAUGGUACAAUCCAUUGUCUCUGAUAAAAUUGCCAUGAUCGCGAAAAUAAAUCUGAGCGACUCGUUUAUACCUUUCAAGCCUAAGACUACUGGUUAUACAACAGCCGUGAACGGAAUGGCUUUUCUUCCCCUAAGCAACACUGAAAACGCCUUAGCGACCUUUCGAAACCUAAUUCAGCUUGCUAAUAUAUAUCGCUUUGAUAUUAUCACAGAAGUCAUCAUAUGUGCAGCACAAGACUUUAACUUUAACCUUGUUGCAUAUUACAUAGCCAAACACACUUUGAAUUUCAUUCGACAGCUCAAUGGUUACAAGAGUGGGUCAUACGUAAAGGUAAAGAAUGAUGUAGAGGAUAAUGUUCUUUUACAUAGUUGUAUUGAGAACUUGACACUUGAUGAAACUUUGGAUGAAAAUCAGUACACCAAAGUAUGGAACAAUAUCAUGUGCAAGGUUUAUGAUUCCUUUCAGGUACCAAACGAGGACCGAAAGGAUGUCAAAUAUUGGACAAGCCUUGCCAAGGAGCAAACUCUUUCAUAAACUGAGGACAGCGCGAAUAAAUAUCCAUAUACUUUACAAGAAUCUCUCCACUUGCAUAUUUCUGAUUGGGUAGCUUAUUGUGUGCUAUCAUCAUUUCACUGGUAACGCUUACGGAUUUUUCUUACUAGUACAAAUGGAAAAAUAAACUCGUAGCUUUCUCGCUAAAGUUACUAGAUUGGGACUUCAGAACAAAGUGAUUAUCAUGUGUUUUAUAUACCUAUGACUAUUUAACAGUUUAUUCCACUUUUAAAGCGAAAAUCAUAUUUUUAAGUAUAUAUAUAGAUAUAUACUUUCAUAGACUAUAUCAGCACUUUAAAUGAAUACCAUAAGCUUAUA